ACAAUUGUGAAAUCGAGGUUAACAAUCAAUCUACAAAUGGCAAGGUCCAAACCAAAUAGAGUGCUCUGAAAUUGAACUGAUUGAAUUAAACUUUGGACUUUGCCAACAUAUUUGUUUCAACUUACCGUUAUUUGAGGAAUCAACCAUGAUAAAUACGGGAAAACUAGCAGGAAAGACAAUACUCAUCACAGGGGCCAGCAGGGGUAUCGGCAAAGCCAUAGCGCUGAAAGCGGCCAGGGAUGGAGCAAACAUUGUAGUAGCUGCGAAAACGGCAGAACCCCAUAAAAUCCUUCCGGGGACCAUUUACACUGCUGCAGAAGAAAUCGAGAAAUGCGGCGGCAAGGCUUUGCCUUGCGUUGUAGACGUCAGGGACGAAGCUCAAGUACAAAGCGCUGUAGAACAAGCAGUGAAAAAAUUUGGGGGCAUCGACAUAGUCAUUAACAACGCUUCCGCCAUCAAUUUGAUUGGAACUGAAGAAGUAACGAUGAAAAAGUACGAUUUGAUGCAGGACAUCAACACUAGGGGAACGUUUUUAGUCUCGAAAACGUGUCUUCCGUAUCUGAAAAAAAGCUCCCAUGCUCACAUUCUAACCCUGUCACCACCGUUGGACAUGAAGCCCUAUUGGUUUGCCCCACACGUGGCUUACACCAUAUCUAAGUUCGGAAUGAGCAUGUGCGUUUUAGGAUUCCAUGCAGAAUUACGGCCAUAUAACAUUGCAGUUAAUGCUUUGUGGCCUAGAACAGCUGUCCAAACUGCAGCCCUUGACAUGUUGACUCAAAAUGAAGGCGCCAAGUACGCCAGAAAACCUGAAAUAAUGUCCGACGCUGCUUAUGCCAUCUUAACUCAAGAUCCUAAAUCUCCUAAAGCUACCGGAAACUUUUACAUAGACGAUGAAGUCUUGAAAUCGCAUGGCAUCACCGAUUUUGACCAAUACUGCGUAGAUCCUGCCUAUAAGGAUCAACUGAUGCCCGAUUUCUUUGUUGGAGAUGCUCCAGACACAAACAAUCCCCUCUCUAUCAACAACUUCCGUAAAGAAAAAGUCCAAGAGGCCGCCGAACAAAAUGAAGGACCUCAGGGCAAGGUUGCAGGCUUGUUCAAAAAAAUUGAAGCUUCUCUGUCGGAGGACAUCGUUAAAAGUACAGGUGCUUCCUUCCAAUUUGUUGUAACGGGAAAAGAAGAAGGAAAAUGGUACUUGGACCUCACAUCGGGAACCGGAAAAUGUGGACAAGGUGAAGCAACAAACAGCCCUGACGCCACUCUUCAAAUGGACAGCGAAAACUUCUUCAAAAUGUUCACAGGAAAGAUCAAACCAGCAACAGCCUAUAUGACCGGUAGGUUGAAAAUCAAGGGAAACCUGCAGAAAGCCUUGAAACUCGAGAAAUUGAUGAACAGUCUAAAGUCGAAAAUGUGAUAAUUGUUUUUUGAGAGUUUUUCAAUGUUAUGCAAAUUUUAUAUCGAGUUAAAUAAUGUUUUUUGUAAUAAAUAUAUAUUUAUGUAUAUUCCUA